UUUAUUUUCACAGCUUCAAAACUAGGGUCGUCCACUGAGGAAACAAAGGAGCAGGGAGCACCGCAAUCGCAAGGGUUUGUUCGAUUUCAUUGUCUUCUUUGUCUCGCUGAUCAAUUCUCACCAGUGCCCAAACAUAAACAAUCUCAACGCACAAUCGCACAUAGCCUAAUCCUAAACGCAUCGUUUCGCGCUAAAUGCUUCGCAACAGAGUGCGCUAGCUUGUUUGCUCAGACUCACUGGCGCCAUGGCUCUUUCACUCGGCAAGCUCUUCAUUCUCGUCGGCGCAGGUAUAGCUGGUUCAGUAAUUGCAAAAGAAGGGCGUCUGCCAGAUGUCUCUGGUCUCGCCUCUGGUGCUUUUAAGGUUGUUUUGAGGCAACUUAAAAGCGAUGAUCCUGCUCCAACUGUUAAAAAGCAGCCGCAUAAUGAUGCUUUGUUGGCUCAGGUUAACAGUCUUCGGCAGGAACUACAACUUCUUGCUAGAGAUAGAUCAAUCACUAUUGUAAAUGCAAGUGGAACAGGUGGGAGAAAAUAUGCAACAGUGAUUGUUAUUGUUGUGGUAGGAUAUGGAUACGUUUGGUGGAAGGGAUGGAAGCUUCCUGAUCUGAUGUUUGCAACAAGGCGUGGUUUGUCUGAUGCUUGCACAUCAAUUGGUAAUCAGAUGGGAAAGCUUUAUGAAUCAAUUGGGGAUACCAAGAAGAAAUUAUCUGCAAGAAUCAACGGUCUGGAUAAAAAUUUAGAAGAAUGUGCUGCCAUUACUGAAAGUACCAGGGAGGAUAUAUAUGUAAUUCAACGGAAAGCAGAUACAAUAAGUGAAGAUUCGAAGUCUUUUCAUGUUGCAGUCCAUGUUCUGGAAUCUAAAAUUAAAGAAAUAGAAGAGAAGCAGGUGGCCACAAUUGAAGGAGUGAACAUGUUGUGUCAAUUUACCAAGACUUUGGAGAAUAGCAGAUCCACAGAGUAUAUUCAGGCAUCUUCUUCCAGUUCUUCCAGGCCAGCCCUUGAGCUUCCACCAGUUUCACCCUCUUCCAGGGGUUCACAGUCAGGUUCUGCUAGGCUAUCUCUUGAGCCACCAUCCGUUACGCCAUCAUCAAGGACUGCAUCCUUGCCACCGACAUUGUCUACGGAUCCACCAUCUCCAUCAAUUUCUGGUGGAUCUUUCCAGGAACCUAAAGUAGACAAAAGCAAUGGAUCUAGUUCUGGCUUGUUUGGGUUGAUAUCUGGCGUCUAUGGUCCAUUGCUGACAAGAACUCGCAGUGCGACAGAUGCAGUAGUCCAAAAAACUCGUUCGACUAGUUAACAGUAGCAUGUCUCUUUUUCCUUUUUUGGACCGCAGUAAACUAUAUAUAGAUUAUUGGACCUAUGGUGGGGUUGAAAAUCUUCACCAGUUGGUGACUGUUCAGAAGAAUUAUGAACCGUUAAUUAUAGUAUGCCCGAGCCAAAUUAUAAAUGACUGGGCAUUAAAUUUUGCAGCAGAGAGGCUGUUUCUCUCGAGUUUCAUUAGGAUUAAAAUUAAAAUAAGAAUUUGUCCGAUAUUCAACUGGGAAAGCUGGUAAAGGAAAGAGUGACUAUUGAAUUGUUCUAAACCCUUUUGUUCACCGUAUUAUUUUUGAAUUUUGAGAAUUAGAUGUAAAAUCUUGUUAA